AUGCCAUGUCAUGUGUAUGUAGAACCAGAAAUAUACGAUGUGGAGGAAAAUGAGCAGGCAGAUGAUUUUCCUACAGAUCAUAUUGAUGGCUUACGAAAAGAGUUGGCGGUAGCUUACUCGACAAUAAGCAGUCUCAAGCACACCAUUCAGCGGCUUUCUCCUUUCACAGAAGAUUCAAUGCAGUCAUCCACUGAUGGGUUCAUUCAGCACUACACUGGUCUCCCAAAUUUCAAAGUUUUGAAAGCAGUGUUUGAUUAUGUUACACCACAAGACAUGCGCACUAAAUUGUCAAGAUUCCAAGAGUUUAUGGUCGUAUUGAUCAAACUAAGAUUGAACUUAUCUAAUGAAGACCUGUGUUACCGGUUUGAUGUCUGUCGUUCAACCAUUUCCAGAAUACUGUCACGUUGGCUGACAAUCUUAGAUGCUGAGUUACAGCCACUAAUUUUGUGGCCUGAUAGAGACAUUUUGAGAAAGACUAUGCCGGAAUGUAUAGCACCGCAAGGCAUCAUCUCAUUCAUUUCAGAUGCAUGGGGAGGCAGAGUCAGUGAUAAAUUUUUAACUGAGCACUCUGGAAUUCUCAACAAGUUAUUGCCUGGAGAUGUGGUGCUAGCUGAUAGGGGAUUUGACAUUUCAGACUCAGUUGGAAUGCAGCAAGCUAAGUUGUACAUUCCUGCCUUUACAAAAGGAAAGGAUCAACUAGCUGCAAUUGAAGUGGAAGAAACCAGAUUAAUAGCAAACGUCCGCAUUCAUGUAGAGAGAGUCAUCGGCUGUGUACGGCAAAAGUUUACCAUACUGAAGGGUACGCUACCAAAGGAUUACAUCACAAGGCAUGCAGCUGAAGACUGUCCCCUCAUCGAUCGAAUUACUAGAGUUUGCUGUGCCCUAUGUAAUGUUUGUGACUCAGUUGUGCCAUUUGACUAG